UUUACCUUCCCUCCCCCGCGCGCAGCCCGCGCCUUUGUCCACCCCCCCUUGAAGCGCUCUGGGAGCGCCGAGGUGGCAGCGUUGUUGUUCGCGAGCAAAAGAUCGGUCAUGCCGGGGGGCGAGUAGCGGCUGCACGGGGGCUGGGGGCCGGCAAGAGCUGGAGGAGCCCGGGAGGAGAGGCUGCUCCGAGGAUUGGCGUUUCCCUCCCGGUUUCCGUGCAUGGACCGUGAAAGAGACGCGUUGAGUUGACCCUGCCGGAGGUCUUUGUGCUUCUACAUGUGAGAUCCGGUUGGUUUAUUCUCUCCACCCAUCUCUCUCCAGCUUCCCUUAUUCCCUCCUUACUUACUCCUGUAUGCAAAAUGGUGGACCCUGUGGGGUUUGUGGAGGCUUGGAAAGCACAAUUUGCAGACUCUGAGCCUCCCAAAAUGGAGCUGAAAUCUGUGGGAGACAUUGAACAGGAGCUAGAGAUGUGCAAAGCAUCUAUCCGGAGACUGGAGAUGGAGGUCAACAAGGAGAGGUUCCGCAUGAUUUACCUGCAGACUCUUCUGGCAAAGGAGAAGAAAAGCUAUGAUAGACAGAGAUGGGGUUUUAAACGUGUUUCUCAAUUGCCUGAAGGGGGUGCAGAGCAGCAAAUCCAAGACCUGCAUCAUCACCAGUCUGCUGACCAAGAUGAAUAUGAAAAAAGUAAGUCACACCACGGGGAGGAAAAGUUCAAACCCAGGAUACCCUCUCUACGGAAGCUCUCUACCCAGAGUGAUGGGUCAGACCUGUCGCCCCUGGACAGCCCCCAUCAUGGAGAGGGAGAGCAGGAUAGGUGUAAGUACUAUGGUGAGGAGAAACUGAAAAGAGUUGCAGAAGAUACCGAGAAUCGCUGUGAUGCAGAUGGAUCUCCUUCAAAACACAGAUCAGCCUCCACCCGCAGGCUGAUGGGAUCUGCUGAGAAGGAGGGAUCAUUUGAACCUCUUUCUAAAGACAGAGGGAACACCACAAGUGUGGCAGCCCUAAGGUCCAAUUUUGAGAGGAUUAAAAAGGUUAAUUCCCAUUCUUCUGGAGAUAACAAGGAUGUUGUUGAAAAGCCUUUUUAUGUGAACAUGGAGUAUCAUCACGAGAAGGGUCUAGUGAAGGUCAACGACAAAGAUGUUUCUGAUAAAAUAAGCUCCCUUGGUAGCCAAGCCAUGCAAAUGGAACGCAAAAAGUCCUUGCACUCCCUCCCUUCUAACAUGGUACCCAGCUUUAGUGAGUUCCAGAGGCCCACUUACAGGGGAAGAUCCUCGGAGAGCAGCUUUGGCUAUGAUGGAGAAUAUGAGGAUGCUGAACUGAACCCCAGGUUUCUCAAAGAUAAUCUGAUUAAUGCCAAUGGCAGCAAUCGCCCACCUUGGCAGCCAAUGGACUUUCAACCCUAUCAAAGUAUCUACGUUGGUGGAAUGAUGGGGGAAGGAGAAGGGAAAGGACCUAUCCUGCGAAAUCAGAGCACAGCUGAUCAGGAAAAGCAUCUCACUUGGCCCCGGAGAUCUUAUUCCCCCAGGAGUUUUGAAGAUAUUGGAGGAGGAUAUACUCCUGACUGUAGCUCCAAUGAGAACCUUACCUCCAGUGAGGAAGACUUCUCUUCAGGGCAGUCCAGCCAUGUCUCCCCCAGCCCCACCACUUACCGCAUGUAUCGGGAUAAAAGCCGUUCUCCCUCCCAGAACUCCCAGCAAUCCUUCGACAGUAGCAGUCCACCAACCCCUCAGUCUCAAAAACGGCACCGGCAGCAGCAGCAGGUCAUUGUGUCUGAGGCUACUAUUGUGGGCGUACGAAAAACAGGACAGAUCUGGCCAAAUGAUGGUGAUUUGCCUUCUGGGAGAUGUCAUCAGGACAGCUGUUUCCAUGGGGAUACAGAUGCUUCGUUCAGUGGCACACCACCUAGCUAUGCGUAUGAUGCAGACCGAGCUGAAGAACAGAGGCGACAUCAUGACAUGAUGCCCUAUAUUGAUGACUCACCAUCAUCCUCACCCCAUCUCAGUUCCAAGAGCCGGGGCAGCCGGGACACCCUAUCUUCAGGGUCUCUGGAAUCUACAAAAUCAAGUGAGCCAGACUUGGAGAAAGGCUUGGAGAUGAGAAAAUGGGUCCUGUCAGGAAUCCUAGCCAGUGAGGAAACCUACCUGAGCCACCUGGAGGCCCUGCUGCUGCCUAUGAAGCCUUUGAAAGCAGCUGCCACCACCUCCCAGCCUGUGCUGACUAGUCAGCAGAUUGAGACAAUAUUCUUCAAAGUGCCUGAGCUCUAUGAGAUCCACAAAGAAUUUUACGAUGGGCUCUUUCCACGAGUGCAGCAGUGGAGCCACCAGCAGCGUGUAGGAGACCUCUUCCAAAAGCUGGCCAGCCAGCUGGGAGUGUACCGGGCCUUUGUGGAUAACUAUGAAGUUGCUAUGGAGACGGCAGAGAAAUGCUGCCAAGCCAAUGCUCAGUUUGCUGAAAUCUCUGAGAAUCUAAAGGCUAGAAGCACAAAGGAUUCUAAAGAUCAGACGACGAAAAAUUCCUUGGAAACUCUGUUAUACAAGCCAGUGGAUCGAGUGACACGCAGCACACUAGUCCUGCAUGAUUUGCUGAAGCACACUCCAGUGACCCACCCUGACCAUCCCCUUCUGCAGGAUGCUCUGCGGAUCUCGCAGAAUUUCCUCUCCAGCAUCAACGAGGAGAUCACUCCCCGACGGCAGUCCAUGACCGUGAAGAAGGGGGAGCACCGGCAGCUCCUGAAGGACAGUUUCAUGGUGGAGCUGGUUGAGGGGGCUCGCAAACUACGUCAUGUCUUUCUUUUCACCGAUCUGUUCCUUUGUGCCAAGCUCAAGAAGCAGAUUGGAGGGAAAAGCCAGCAGUACGACUGCAAAUGGUACAUCCCACUCACUGACCUUAGCUUCCAAAUGGUGGAUGAGUCUGAGGCAGUGCCCAAUAUCCCACUGGUACCUGAUGAGGAGCUGGAUGCCAUGAAGAUCAAGAUAUCCCAGAUCAAGAAUGACAUCCAACGAGAAAAGAGGGCCAAUAAAGGCAGCAAGGUCAUUGAGAGGUUGAAAAAGAAGCUCUCGGAGCAGGAAUCCCUCCUGCUGCUGAUGUCUCCCAACAUGGCUUUCCGGGUGCACAAUCGCAAUGGCAAGAGUUACACCUUCCUCAUUUCAUCGGACUAUGAAAGGGCAGAGUGGAGGGAGAACAUCCGGGAACAGCAGAAGAAAUGCUUUAAAAGCUUCUCCCUCACAUCAGUGGAGCUCCAGAUGCUGACAAACUCCUGCGUGAAGCUGCAGACAGUCCACAACAUUCCCCUCACUAUCAAUAAGGAAGAUGAUGAAUCCCCAGGUCUCUAUGGAUUCCUGAAUGUCAUUGUCCAUUCUGCCACAGGAUUCAAGCAAAGUUCAAACUUGUACUGCACAUUAGAGGUGGAUUCUUUUGGGUAUUUUGUGAACAAGGCUAAAACUAGAGUCUACAGGGACACCACAGAGCCCAACUGGAAUGAGGAGUUUGAGAUUGAGCUGGAAGGCUCACAAACUCUGCGGAUUCUGUGCUACGAAAAGUGCUACAACAAAACCAAGCUCACCAAAGAGGAUGGAGAGAGCACAGAUCGCAUAAUGGGGAAAGGCCAGAUCCAACUGGACCCACAGGCAUUACAGGACAAAGAUUGGCAACGCACAGUCAUCUCAAUGAAUGGAGUUGAAGUGAAACUGUCGGUGAAGUUUACCAGCCGGGAAUUUAGCCUGAAAAGGAUGCCAUCCCGGAAACAGACAGGAGUCUUUGGGGUCAAGAUUGCUAUCGUCACCAAGAGAGAGAGAUCAAAGGUGCCUUACAUUGUGCGCCAGUGUGUGGAGGAAAUAGAGCGGCGUGGAAUGGAGGAGGUGGGCAUCUACCGUGUCUCUGGGGUUGCAACUGAUAUCCAAGCUUUGAAAGCUGCCUUUGAUGUCAAUAACAAAGAUGUGUCAGUGAUGAUGAGUGAGAUGGAUGUUAAUGCUAUUGCAGGCACAUUGAAACUGUACUUCCGAGAGCUGCCUGAACCCCUCUUCACAGAUGAACUGUACCCCAACUUUGCUGAGGGAAUUGCACUUUCAGACCCUGUUGCAAAGGAGAGCUGUAUGUUGAAUCUAUUGUUAUCGCUUCCAGAACCCAACCUUGUGACAUUCCUUUUCCUUCUGGACCAUUUAAAAAGGGUUGCUGAGAGGGAAAGCAUUAACAAGAUGUCCCUGCAUAAUCUUGCAACUGUCUUUGGACCAACGCUGCUGAGACCUUCAGAGAAGGACAGUAAAAUCCCUGCUAACCCUACCCAGCCUAUAACAAUGACGGAUAGUUGGUCACUAGAAGUCAUGUCCCAGGUUCAAGUCCUUCUGUACUUCCUGCAGCUAGAGACUAUCCCUACCCCAGACAGCAAGAGGCAAAGCAUCCUCUUUUCCACAGAAGUGUAGGUGCCUGUCAUACCAACAAGGACUUAGAAAACUGCUCUUGGCAUGAAUCUGCCACUCUUGAGUAGAAAGAGGACCGAUGUUUCUUCAGACUUUACUGGCCUGUUCCCUGGCCUGGGGAAGUAUGGCCCUCAGUGCUUCUGCUGUUUGUUAACCAGAGACAAGCUGAAGAAAAAGGAGAAAAAUCUCUCUACUUUGGAUCAGUAGAAUCAGAAAGAAUUGAACUGGAGAUGGAGCUGUGCAGGAUCUCCACUAGAAGGCGCAAUAGACACUUGAACAAACGCACCACAGAGUGUGGCUGUUAUUCUUGGUGGGAAUGUGACAGAAGGUAUUCCUCAUUUUAUGGAUUUAAUUUAUCAUAAAGAAACUUCAAGAUUUCUACUGGACCACUUGACAGGAUACCCUUUUUUGGGUGAGGGGGAGUUAAAGGAUAUAUCACAACUGUGUCUUUAAUAACUGCUGUUUUUAAAGUACUGUUCUAGGCCGCAAAAACCAGUAUUGCUUUGCCAAGAGGAGAGGGGAAGAGAAGGGUCUAGGAUCUAAGAUUCCCUCCUCAGAAAAUCAAGUCUUGAUUUGAACAGGGCUCUAAAGAAAUGAAAAUAAGUUUUGUGUACAACUGCAACUGUUGGGUUUUUUGUCUCAUCCACCUCUUCCCUUGCAAUCUCUGUACAAACUCUAGGGAAUGAGAUGCCCUGCUCUUGCCUCUGUUGCGCUUCUCACAGGCCGACAGUUUUUGGUGUUAAGGGAGCCAGACCUAACCAUAUUACACUGUAAAUACAUAUAGCAAGUUAAAGAGAGACAGGAACAAUUAGAUUCAGUGCUUUAUGAUUUUGUUGCUGUUUGCAUAUAAAAGCAGGGGCAAAAUUAUCCAGAGAGGAUUGCUAAAUUCCUUAGAUCCUGCCAAAUUUAAUGAAAAUUAAUUUGGAAGGCUGUCAAUUCCCAACUCUCCAAAGAAAAAAUGUUGUCAUUGCAAAAAUAAUUGAAGCAUUUGAGGACAAAAAAAAAAAAUCAGUGGCUAUCUGUUUUGCUGGCUGCUUACUCCAAACUUUUAUCAGAAUAGCUUUUUUGAUACUUGAAUUUUUGGAGGCUUUGUACAUUGCUUCUCUGAGAGUCUUUUUCUGAUAGACAGAAAAACAAAUACUUUGAUAAGAUGUGUCAGAAUGUACUUUAUGGACAAUCUAGCAAGUAGCAUGCAUGUGUAUUCUCCAGAAAUUCCAACCCUGUUUUAAUUAAGAGCAGUGAAGAAAUUGCUAUGAAACUACAUACAGCAGUACAAAAGGUCUAGCCAAAUACCAACUUUGCGUUUUCCUGCCUAACUCAGUUAAAGCCAGUGGGGUUACAUAGGCAUAAAGGGCAGCAGUAUUUGUCUAUGGAAUUGAAAACGUAAACUAAUUGCUGGUAUCCAGACCAGAGGAAACUAUUCUGGUCAUGAAGCAGUUGUGCCAAAUAUCUUGCGGGCUGUGGGGAGGAUUCCCUUUUCAUAAACCACUCCAUCCCCCUUUACUUCCUACCCAAUUAUGCAGCAUCCAUUUAGUAGCAACCAUCCAUCAUCAUCCUAGCGAGAAGAAAAGUGCAGCUUGAAGACAAGGGAAGGAGUCAGAAUGGGGAAGAGGAGGGAGGGACAGAUUUUAAAAGUAGUGAUUGGUGCAGUUAGGUUGUCAACAUCAUUUGAGGGGAAAUACCACAAACAAAACAAACCAUAGUAUGCUAAAUUUCAAAUUUUCUGCUGAGUGAUCUGCAACCUCUCAAUUCAAAAAAAUAACAAAGAUGUCUUUCAAACAAACGGAAAUAAAAAAAAAUAAAGGAAGGGAAAUGAUUUUGUGGUCAAUGCAAUUCUGACUGCUGCAUUAUAUUAGAAAUUAUUGUAUUGUGAAGUUGCAAAUUCAAAAAGGAAAAAAAUAUAAAUUUCAACUUUGUGAGUAUAUCAACAUUUUGCAUGCUUUGUAAGGAUUCUUAUAGGAAUUUAAUAUUGCUUAGUAUCCUUCCCUCCUUAGGUCUGGGAGAAAACCUCUUUGUAAUGUAAUAUACAACUAGAAAUUCCUUCUCUCUUAUAUGUAUUUCCACUACAUUCCAGCUUUUGAACCCAUAAAAACAACAAGCACCUCCUAAUAUAAAUUUUUUUUCUUGUGGGGAGGGAGGGAAUGAAGGCAAAGAAACUUGAAGGCUUGAAAUUUCGAAUUUUUUUUUUUUGCCUUUUUGAAGUUCAAAAUUAGUCACAAUCCUGAAAAAUGUUGACUCAAGAAAAGUCAUGCAGACCAGUAAACCACACUCUAUGGUUUUGUUUUUAUAUAUUUGUUCCCAUUGUUAAGUAGUGGUUCUGUAACGCUCCUUUUACUCUAGCUGCCCACCUACCCCGUUCCAAGUCAUUGUUUGAUAUAUUUGAGGCAGUAGCACUGCUGAUGACUUUUUUUAAAAAGGAAAAAACAAACUACACCAUGUAGUAAGGUGAUAACCUUUUCCUUUUGGUGUUUAGAAUCUGUGGCUGCUUUUUGCAGUGUUGAAACUGGAAAGCAAUACCAUAAUGACUGUGCCAAUUUCCUUUUGCCCAACUUUUUUAUUUUUAUUUAUAUAGGAAGUUAAUGUUAAUAUUAAAAUACUGUUCUAUAUUAUGUAACCAUGAAAAAUUGCUUUUGCUUUGGUUACUGUUACAGGUUUUUGCUUUUAGUUUUUCAUUACAAUGCUCAGUUCUAAUGUAACAUUAUCUAACAUGCAGGCAUGUGGAUCAGGGAAAAAAAAGUUAAUUUAACGUAACCCAUUAAUUAUUUCUGUUAAGUAUGAAUAUGUUUUCCCCAAAACUGGUAAUUUUGGGCUGGAAAAAAUAGCACAUCCUACUGCUGAUGAUGAGAUCAUGGAAUGAUUUGAAAUAAGAGAAUUGAUUUCUUGGAUUUCCUUUAGUUUGCAAUUAAGUUUUUCAGAUGGGCUUAUAUUUUCAGAUAUUAAGAAUUUCCAAAAGACUUGUAUUUUCUUUACCCAGUUGUUUUUUUUUUUUACUUUGUUUUAAUAAGCCUUAUCAUAUUAAACAAAGGGGACAUACAAAACCUGGCUUUAGAGAAGGCCUUCUGAUUUCUACUCUUAAUAUUCCCCUGUGAGUUGUGUGAGAAAACCUAACUCUUCCAUUUUCUAUAUUAAAAGGUACAAUAUAAACAAUAUGAGAGCAAACUAAUAAAAACUGCCAUUUAAAAUAAAUUGUGAUGUGCACUGGGAGCUUAUACUCUUGGAUUCCAGUGUAUUGGAGAAACCUUUCUAAAAAUGUAGCUUUCAGCUGCAGGAAUCUGAAACAUGAAAACAUUUAACAAGACUUUUUCAGGUGAUCGCAGGAUAGUCUGUUAUAUCCAGUUCAAGGAGAGGAGUAAAGGAGUAAGUAUCAGUUCCCUAGCAUUUAGAGACUAUUUUAAAAUUCUCAUGGAUUUUUGUAAACACUGAUAGGUUUUUCAAUUAGCAAGUAUUAAAUAAAGCAAACUGUGAGACAUUUUUUCAAAGAUAGACAAAAAAUAACAGUUACUGGAUCAGUUUCAGCCUUGUGUUUGUGUGUGCUUUGUGUGGGAGGGGAGUGUCUGAAACCAAAUUGAAACACAUCUAUUAAAAUGCUGCUGGUGUUCUUUAUUCUUGCACAAUGUUAGAAGUUGAGGUAGUAGCUAAGCUAAUUCAGGCUCUAUUUAGUAUGCUGCUAUUUUGUAAUGUGUCGACUAAGGGCAAAAUACAGCAGCGCAUUGACUCUAUUUGCUGCUGCCCACUGCCUGCCUCAAUUCUGACCUUCAGUUGCUAAGCUAAGUUCCAGGCAAUCAGUAUGCACCAUAUGAAGCAAAAUUGCAACUUUUUUGUUGGCCACUAGGUGGUGGAACCAUAGAAGAUGUUUAUGGGAGAUGCAGUAUUUUUACAGUUUAUUCACUUUGCUUGUUAAAAUAUCUGUUUUACAGUUGUUAAUGUUAAUGUUAAUUUUCUGUGACUUUAUUUAAACAAAUGUACUGUUCUGUAAAGCAUACAUGGAACUCCAGAUCUGUCCAUCAUCUUUGUAACACUGGAAGGCAUCACAAUGUGAUCACUUCUCUUGCUGUGCCAUUCUUUGAAGUAUGUAUACAAUGUAAAUUGACCAGUGUGGCUUUUAAAGAUGCUUAAAAUUUGAUGGAGAAAACCCAACUCUCUCUGAUUCCUCACUGGUUAAUCCUUCUUUUGUUUCACUGCCUAUUCAUCUACUAAGAUAACAUUACCAGAUGUGGCGUUCUUACUAUGGAAAAUUUAAUAAGAAAUUGGAACUAUUUUAAGAAAAACCUCUACCUUUUCUCUUUUUACUUUAAUUCUAGAAGUCAGGGACUUGUAAUAAUAAAAGACGAAUACAUUCUU